AUGUCGGACGUACCUCCGGAAAUCAUCACCGCCAUCCUCAGCCGUCUCCCAGUGAAAUCUCUUCUGCGUUUUCGCGGUGUCUCCAAGCCAUGGCGCGCUCUGAUCGACGGCCGCGAUUUCAUCAAACUCCAUCUUCGCCUCUCAGCCGAGACCAACUCCAAUCGCACCCUCAUAGUGCGAUCGAACGAGCUUUUCUGGGUAGAUCUGGACUCUUUCAAGCUAUUAGACGCCGGAAACAUCCGAUUCAAGCCUCGGAACGCCCUCUGCUCCUGCAACGGCCUGGUCCUCCUCGUGUCACACUCCGACGAGGUCGCCCUCUGGAAUCCCUCCACGAGAAAACUCAACAAACUGCCGCCGCCGCCCGUGUUCAGUCAUUUUGCAGCCCAAUACGCCCUGGGCUACGACUCAAAGCAUGAUGACUACAAAGUCGUACGGGUGGUCCCGGAUUACGAGUGGCGGGAAGAUGAGGAGGAUGAUGAGUUAUCUGAUACCAGUAUUUACAGCGUCAAUUCGAAUUCCUGGAAGAAAGUCGAUGGAUUCCCCUAUGGGAUGGAUCCUUUCUGUUCAUGGGGCGUUUGUCUGAAUGAUGCACUGCACAAGGGCUUUCGACCCUUGCACUCCCCCUUUCCCGUGAUAAUGGCGUUUGAUCUAGCUAAAGAAGAACCUUAUGAAGUCCCAAAGCCGGAGUUCAGCGGCAUGGUGUCGGUGGAGGUGCUGGGAGGGUGCCUGGCGGCAGUUGUCUCUGGGAAGAUGAACACUAGCGAGAUUUGGGUGAUGAAGGAGUACGGGGUGAAGGAGUCCUGGGUCAAACUACUCUGCUUUGAUCCGCCUGUUGCCCAGCCUUGCCGGAAUCUGUACCCAGUGGCUUAUUCAAAGGACGGUGAUAAGGUUCUGUUAAAUUACGAAGGAUUUUGUCUCAAUUGGUUUGAUCUGAAGACAGGAGCCGUUACGAUUGCUUGUGUCGAUGGUUUGAGUGCUUCUUUCGGUGCUUCGGCUGAUGACCCUGUGAUUGAUGCUUGGGAGUGUGUGAGGAGCCUUGUUUCGCCUUUUGGUCCUGGUGGAGUUGGGAGUGGAAAGAAGAACGGUGUGCAGGGCAAGAAGGGGAAAGAGAUCAAAAGGAAGAGACGCCGGAAACAUCCGACUCAAGCCUCGGAACGUCCUCUGCUCCUGCAACGGCCUGGUCCUCUUCGUGUCACACUCCGACGAGGUCGCCCUCUGGAAUCCCUCCACGAGAAAACUCAACAAACUGCCGCCGCCGCCCGUGUUCAGUCAUUGGCAGCCCAGUACGCCCUGGGCUACGACUCGAAGCAUGAUGACUACAAAGUCGUGCAGGUGGUCCCGGAUUCCGAGUGUGAGGAGGGUGUGUUAAAUAUUACCAAUAUAUACAGCGUCAAUUCGAAUUCGUGGAAGAACAUCGUUGGGUUCCCCUAUGGGAUAGAUCCUCUCCUUUCAUGGGGCGUUUAUCUGAAUGAUGCACUGCACACUGGCUUUCGACCCUUGGACUCCCCCUCCUUUCCCGUGAUAAUGGCAUUUGAUCUAGCUAAAGAAGCACAUUAUGAUGUCCCAAAGCCGGAGUUUAGCGGCAUUUUGUCCGUGGAGGUGCUGGGAGGAUGCCUGGCGGCGGUCAUCUCUGGGAAGAUGAACACUAGCGAGAUUUGGGUGAUGAAAGAGUACCGGGUGAAGGACUCCUGGGUCAAACUACUCUGCUUUGAUCCGCCUGUUGCCCAGCCUUGCCGGGAUCUGUACCCGGUGGCAUAUUCAAAGGACGGUGGUAAGGUUCUGGUAAAUUACGAAGGAUUUUGUCUCAAUUGGUUUGAUUUGAAAACAGGAGCCGUUACGAUUGCUUGUGUCGAUGGUUUGAGUGCUUCUUUCGGUGCUUCGGCUGAUGACCGUAGGAUAGAUGCUUGGGAGUGUGUGAGGAGCCUUGUUUCGCCUUUUGGUCCUGGUGGAGUUGGAGGUGGAAAGAAGAACGGUGUGCAGGGCAAGAAGGGAAAAGAGAUCAAAAAGAAGAGGUUUGCUAAUACUUACCUUGUAUCUGUUGAUCUAGUUCUCAUGCAGCUUUGUUUUGCUAAUUUGUACCGUCAGUUUUAG